UAUUUGAUCUUUUUGUAAACAGAAGUUAUCCUUAUCAGUUUGUAACAAUUUUCGGAAGCUCUAGCUAAUUAGUCGGCUUAUUCACAUGUAUAUUAGGUGCAGCCUCUAGCCUCCUUAAUUCAAUAACACAAUCUUCUAAAUAGUUUCUAUCAUCUAUCACUUCUAAUUUCUAAACAAAAACCAUGCCUCCUUCUCCGUUGCUUGGUCCACCAGAGCUCAGAGAUCCCAACUCUCUCCUCCCAAAACCCAUCACAACUUCUGGUCCCAGCAACCCUUUCAUGGACGCAAUGGUCUCAAAUUUCAACAACUCAACUAGAGUCAACGUCAUCUCUUCUCCUCCCAUGGGCUACACCGAGAACAAUUCCGCCACACACCUCUCCUCAGGCAACCCCUGCCUCGACUUCUUCUUCCACGUUGUUCCAAGCACGCCUAAAGACUCUCUGGAGCAGUGGUUACAGGGAGCUUGGGACCACGACGCCUUGACCACUCUCAAACUUAUCUGUAACCUUCGUGGAGUCCGUGGCACCGGAAAAUCCGACAAGGAAGGGUUUUACACGGCGGCUUUAUGGCUCCAUGGUCGUCAUCCCAAAACUCUAGCUUGUAACCUCGAGUCCCUCUCUCAAUUUGGAUACUUUAAAGAUUUCCCAGAGAUUCUUUACCGGAUUCUACAAGGAUCUGACAUCAGGAAGAUCCAGAAAUCAGAAAGGUUCAGGAGGAAAACUGAAGCAUCUCGAGGUAGAAGAGCUCCUUUCUAUCCCAAUCACUCGGGUGUCUCAUAUGGCGGUCGUCCUUAUGGUGGUCGUGGACGUGGAUCCGGUCGCCGCGGUGGUAAAAGGAAGCCAGUGGCCACAAGGGAGCUGAGAGUAGCUAACGCAGAGAGGAAGAACCAAGCGGAGAAAGCCAGAGCAAGCUUGGAUCGCAAGAAAAAGAAGGUUUCAAUGGGGAAGGACGCUUUUACAAGAUAUUCUCAUGAUCCAGACUAUCGGUAUCUCCACGAACGCGUCUCUGAUCUAUUCGCAAAUCAACUAAAGAGAGAUCUUGAGUUUUUGAAAUCCGACCAAACAAACCAAAUCUCUCUUGCUGCUAAAUGGUGUCCAUCGCUUGAUUCUUCUUUUGACAAAGCAACUCUUCUCUGCGAGAGCAUUGCUAGGAAGAUCUUUCCUCGAGAAUCAUUCCCUGAAUACGAAGGCGUUGACGAAGCUCACUAUGCCUACAGAGUUCGUGAUCGUCUAAGGAAAGAAGUUCUUGUUCUUCUGCGGAAAACUCUGCAACUCCCUGAAGUCUACAUGGGAGCGAGAAACUGGGAUACCCUUCCGUACAACCGUGUAGCAUCAGUGGCAAUGAAGACGUACAAGGAUAUAUUCUUGAAUCACGACGCAGAGAGGUUUCAGCAAUACCUUGACGAUGCAAAGACGGGGAAAACCAAGGUAGCUGCUGGUGCUGUGUUACCUCACGAGAUAAUCAGAGAUUUAGACGGUGGAGACGGUGGACAAGUAGCUGAGCUGCAAUGGAAACGAACGGUGGAUGAUCUGAAAGAGAAAGGUUCUUUGAGGAAUUGUAUCGCUAUCUGUGACGUUUCAGGGUCUAUGGAUGGUGAUCCAAUGGAGGUUUCAGUCGCUUUGGGUCUGCUAGUCUCUGAGUUAUCAGAAGAGCCAUGGAGAGGAAAGCUUAUAACUUUCAGCCAAAACCCGGAGAUGCAUUUGGUGACAGGAGACGACUUGAGAUCAAAAUCAGAGUUUGUGAGGAAUAUGCAAUGGGGAAUGAACACUGAUUUUCAGAAAGUGUUUGACUUGAUUCUGAGAGUUGCGGUAGAAGGGAAGCUGAAACCGGAAGAGAUGAUCAAGAGGGUGUUUGUGUUCAGUGAUAUGGAGUUUGAUCAAGCGUCUUCGAGCAAUGCAUAUGGAAGGCAGUCAAGGACUAAUGGAUGGGAAACUGAUUAUGAUGUAAUUGUGAGGAAGUAUAGACAGAAUGGGUAUGGAGAAGUUGUGCCGGAUAUAGUGUUUUGGAACUUGAGGGAUUCGAGAGCAACGCCGGUGCCGGGAAACAAGAAAGGAGUGGCUUUAGUAAGUGGGUUUUCGAAGAAUCUGAUGAAAAUGUUUUUGGAGCAUGAUGGAGAGAUUGAUCCUAUGAUGAUGAUGGAGGCUGCUAUUUCUAAAGAUGAGUAUAAGUCGCUUGUUAUAGUUGAUUAAAAACUUUAAUGAUUUUGGGCUUUGGUUUUGUAUUCCUAGUUUUGGUUUGAAUCUUUUAAUAAUAUGAAACUUUGAUUGCAUUUUAUUUUAGUAAAUUUGGCCCAUUGAUUUAUUUUUUCUCUUACACCGAACCAAUCCAAUCGAUCCGACAACUCCAACCUGGCUUUUCAUCCUCAAUCGAUGCUCUAGUGGGGUCUCUUUGUGUCUUGUCUCCUUUGCAUAAAGGAACCAUCUUUUCUUUGCAUGUAGUUACUCUCAGGCGAUCUGGAGACCUCUUUCUUAUUCGAUUUUGCCGACUCUCAGAUAAGCUUCUCUUCCGAACCUGCCUCACUCUGAUUUUGCCGACUUUCCAAGUUCAAUACUAACGACUUGCCUCUUCAGCUUCACAGAUCCCUCGCUUACGGUCUGAUCUCACAUUAACUAUGGUUCUAAUUGGGUUAUUACGUAUGUGGGUUUAUUCUAUUGGGUUUUGAUUACUAAAUCUGUUCAUGUAUUGGGUCUUUCCCAUAUAAUACUGCCCGGGCUGGGCCUGUAAGUUUUUAGUUUCUUAAAUUUAUUAAUUGCAAGCC